AUGCCUCCUCCGCCUCCAUCCAACUUGCCUUUGGCCGAGAGAUUGAAGGCUCUCGCCCAGACAUUGCAGUUUGCUUGGUUUGCCGGACACUUGACUCUGCUUCUUUCCGUCUUCCGCUAUCUCCUGUCCUACAUCACCUUCAACUCGUACUCCUCCACUGCGCAGGUGACGUACCGCCUGGCUUUCAUUUCGGCGGCUGCGACGUACGGAAUCGUCGUAUACAAGGGACACAUCGCGCGAGGCCGUCUUCAGGGUAGCGUUCCCGCCAUUGCGCUGAAGCUUGCUACCGAUGAGAAUGUCCAGUACUUGGGCAUGGCCUUGGUGUGGCUCUACUCGCGCCAGAUCCCUCUGGCUCUUCUCCCCUUCAGCGUCUACUCGAUCUUCCAUGUCGCGACUUACUCCCGCAUGCACCUGAUCCCUACUUUGCAGCCUCCUCAGGGCGCAGCAGGCCCGGCCUCGCCCUCUUCCCCCGGCUCCCCCAAGCCUGCUGCGAAGCAGCCACCUCUCGCUGAGACAAUUGGACGCUUCAUCAAGCAGUACUAUGAUACGAGCAUGGGCCUUGUCGCUGGCCUGGAGAUUGCGCUCUUGUUCCGCCUGGUGCUCUCGCUCCUUACCUUCUCCAAGGGAAGCAUCGUUCUCCUGGCCAUCUACUUGGCCUUCUUCCGCGCCAGAUACACCCAGAGCUCGUUCGUCCAGCAGGCUGUUUACCGCCUCACUGCUCGCGCUGAUGCCUCGAUUUCCCACCAGAGCACUCCCCCAGCAGUGCGUCAGGGAUGGGAGACCUUCAAGGGCUUCGUGCGCCAGGCUUACGAAGCAACUGAUCUGAGCCGUGCCCUUGGUGCUGGUGGCAAGAAGGCCCAAUAA